AUGCCAGACUCCCUGAGCGAAGACCUAGGAAAUCUCAAAUUGGAAGCCGCCGCUGCAAAUGACAAAACUGCCACUUCGCGGGCCGAGCUCGAAGCCACCAUACAGAGCUUAGUUCAACGCGGUCAGAAUCUUCACUCUGAAGUAGAAACCUACGUCUCCGCCGUUCUCGAAAAGCAAAAAGUGGGAAAAGUCCAGCACCCCGUCGAAUACCGGAAUCUCCGCAAUGACAUGCGCAACGAGCUGGCCUUCCUCACAAAGCUAGCAGGAUCCAAUAUGGACGAGGAAAAGGCUAGACACUAUAUUGUUUCAUCUAACCUUCUCUAUUACGAAGCAUUAUGGAGUGCAGCAAAACGUUCGUCGGGACUACAGGGCUUUCGAAAGUACUUCUUUUGGGCCCGACAUACCGUGCCAGCUGGCAAAAGCACUUCCAAAGGACUCAGUCUGGCAAAGGGCAGUCAAGCCAAAUCCAAGGCUAAGACUGCCGCCCUAGUCGACAUUGUUGCUGAAGAAGGCAUGGAAUGGAUCCGCAUCUCUACGGUGUCUGAAAAGCGACUUCUCUUCGAUCUGGCAAAGUUGGGCUGGAUGAACGAUUCUGACUCUGACGAAGAUGAGGAUAUACCCACUGUACAGCCAGAUGACGACGAAGAUGACGAAGACCAAGUAGAUGUUGUACGAAACGCGCGUGAACUCGCACGGGCAGCUUGUGCAAAUCCUAUACGAGGCCGCCGACCCAAAGUGCGCUUCGUACUAACGCGUAUCGAAUCUGGAAAAACACCGGCAAUCGACAUGAUUAUCAACAAAAUCCGUGCAACGGGUGCUAUCGUACAGUGUGGUGGUGACAUCCCUCCAGCACUUCCCAUCAACGAAGUCCUCCCGCAAUUACUCAUCGAUCGGUCACGCGCUCUGUCUGAAACGCUGAACAUCGAUUGUACGAUUUUGCUGGCACUCAUCUCUGAUAUCUCGCAUAACCCAUGUCCGAUACUGGACUGGUAUCCUGGGGAGGUACGGGCACAGAUCAACGAGGAGGCUGAAGAACAUUUACUUCCAACACAUCUGUAUCCUGCUAUUGGAGCUCAUCCAAUGGUAUGCACACGCGAAGCGGCUGAUCAGAUGAAUCUCAUAGUAGAGACUCUGGCUACUGAUACGGAGAAGUCGAGAGCGAAUCUCCUACUUGGACAAGGCGACUGUGAGUCAAAGACUUCGGAAGAGCUGGUCGCAGAAUGGACAAGUAUCUCCGAUUAUCCACCUCCCCCAGGCUUCGUACUACCCAUAAAAGUCGAGUCCGUCAACCUAGACACCAUCACCGACGGCCUUCCAGAAGUAGCAAAAGAAAUCGCCAACCAACUAGGUCUCCUGAACAAAUCCAUAUUUCUCCACGGCUGGGCACGCACUCUUACUACUUUGAGCGCAAACCGCGGUCGUAUCCGGCAAAUUGAAACACUCAUCAAUGAGCACGGCUUGAAAGAUGGAGAAGCUGGGCCGCAUAUCUGGCUGUGCGGUGAGUCGCGGAGUCUGAUUGCGAAGCAUGGGCGGCGGAAGUAG